AUGGAUGAUGUUGUUUCGAACACUAGGAGAUGGGAGGAUCUGGACACCGAUAUUUUGGUGAAGAUUUUUCAGUUGUUUGACAUUUUCGAGUUAACAUCUGGUGUUGCUCAUGUUUGUAGUGCGUGGCGCAUGGCUUGCUGUGAUCCGCUUCGUUGGAAGACACUUGAUUUGUCAAUGUUACGGUCUAAUUUCAUCAAGAUUCCGUUAGAGCCGUUUGUUUACGUCGAUGAACGGUCUGAUAAGAUAUUGACUCGUUUGUUGAAGAUUUCGUUGAGUCUCAGUAGGCAGAGUAUAGUGACAUUGAUCUUCCAUUUCAACUUGUAUGUAAGUGAUGAUAUGUUGACAUACACCGCGGAAAGGAGCCCACAACUCAAACGACUGGUUUUGCCAGCUUGGAACAGAAUUAAGAGAACAGGAAUGUGCAAGGCCAUCCGUUCGUGGAAAAAGCUGGAAUCUCUGACAAUGCCUAGUAUAGCAAACCCACCGUAUUUUCUCGAGGAAAUCGCGACACACUGCGAGAAUUUCAGUGAACUCAAGAUUAUGGGCCCAUGUGACAUCUUCUUUGCAUCAACUCUGGCUGCAUUUGUUCCAAAACUGAGAGUCUUGAGCCUUCGUUGUACGACGCUCUACAGGGAUGUUCUUAUUCUCAUCCUAGACAGCUUAAAACAUUUAGAAGUGCUCAAUAUAUCCCAUUGCGUUCUAAUGGAAGGCCUUCCUCCUCCUCAAUAUAAAAGAAUCAUCACUGAAAUUGAUCCGAUUAUUUGCCAGAAGGCUUCUCGGCUGCGUGAAUUCAUCACAUGCAUGGAAGAUUCAUGCAUCAUAUGCCAACGAACACGGACUGAUGAAGGGAUCGUUAGGUGGUACAAGUACGAGGAAGGGUUUUGGAAAGAAGACGAGGUGAAUUCUCUUGCACUUUAA